CAGCAACAUCUCCGAUGACCAGCACGACGAUUUGGCCGAAGACUCUGGCAGUGUCCAUGAGAACGGUUGUCAUGUGGACCAAAAUGAACAGAAGCUGUCGGUGGCCCGCCUGCUCCACGCCUGUGAGGAGACGGUGGUGGAGUGGGUGGAGCUAGUGUCAGACUUUCUCCAGCAGGAGUGGUCUGGACGGUUCUGGACCGGCAGAAACCCGUCCCUUCAGAAGAGUUUUCCUUCUGGAAGAACCGUCUGAAGAAUUUGCUCUUCAUCCAGGACCAGCUGCUGAGCGCCAAAGCCCAGCAGGUGGGCUCCAUCCUGAAGGCGGAAGACAGCAUCUACUGGGCCGCUCUGCAGAACCUCCAGAGACACGUCCAGGAAGGUGUCCGGGAAGCCGAAGACAUCAUGCUGCACCUGACCCCGGUCCAGCAGAAGCUCAGCGAGGUGCUGGAGAUGGACUUCCAUCAGCUGAAGGACAACGUGGCAGCGGUGAUGGCAGAGGUGGGCCUGCUGUGGACACACUCCGAGUUCUACUGCCGGCCCAGAAGGAUCGUGGUUCUGCUGCAGGAGAUCUGCAACCUCUACAUCCAGCUGAGCAGGGGCUUCCUCCCUGGACAGGAAGUGAUCGGGGUUCUGGUGUCAGAACCCGGCCCGGUUCUCCAGGAUAUUCGGCUGGUGAUUCAGACUCUUCAGGCUCUCAAGUCCGCCUUCUGUGAGCAGCAGACCCAACUGGAGCUCCAGAACCAGGCCACUCCCAGCUGGACCUUCCCAUCUCACCUGGUCUUCUUCCACCUGGACACCUUCCUGAACCGCCUGCUCAGCAUCCAGGAAGUGCACUUGGUGACAGUGCGGUUCUACCAGCUGGACCAGGCGGUUCUGACCGGCGCCAGCGGCACUUUGCUGACCGUCGGCAUCCAAGGUGUACCAGGACUUCCUGGUCCAGGUGAAGCUGCUGUCGGCCUGCAGCUGCGACCCCACCGACCCGGAGGACCAGGUGAGCCGACCCCCGACCCGCUUCCUACCUUCGAGCUGGAGCUGGACCGGUUCUGGGAGCAGGUUCUGGACCUGGAGACCCGGCUGGUGUCGGUUCUGAGCAAGGCCCUGGAGGACUGCAGCGAGGUGGCGUCUGCUGCCAAGGUACUGCCGCAGACCCGGGUCCGACCAGGGAUGCACUGGUCCGGCCUGUUCAGCUGCCAUGUGUGA